ACGAGGCGAGUCAGGUGACGCGAGGGCUGGACGGAGAAGGGGCCGCGUCGCAGCUCGCAACAACACGGCAGCGAAACCAAGCCAGAGCCAUGGCGGCGAACCACGGCUUCCGCCGCCUCGCCUCCGCGUCCGCCUCAGCUCUCUCCCGUCGGUCCCCGCCUCCUAGUCCCGCGCCAGCCCUCCUCCUCCGCCUCGCGCUCUCCAGCUCCGCGCCCUCCGCGACGGAUCCGCCGGCGGCGCCAGCGCCGGAGGCCGCCGGGAAGGGGGAGGGAGAGGAAGCAGCAGGAGAGAAGGUCGCUGCCGACGCCAGCGAAGGGAAGGAGGAGGAGGACGACGACGGUGGCGUGCACGUGAACAAGGCCACUGGCGAGAUCGGCGGCCCGCGCGGGCCCGAGCCCACGCGGUACGGCGACUGGGAGCGCGGCGGCCGCUGCUCCGAUUUCUGAGCUGCUCCUGCUCCGCCGCUAACCGCGAGAACAAUGGAGUGCAGAGCAGGUCACAGUGGCUUAUUGAAUCUGAAAUGAGGGACGCAUAACAGAAUUGUAUUUCUAGUCGUGCUCGUCUCUACUGAUUUCGCAUUGAGCUCUCGUAUUCAUAAAAGCUGAGGGUUACGGUUUGUUUCCUUUUGGAGCAAAUUGGGGUUGCUCCUUGUAGUGUCUUUCAGACUGUAGUGGUAAUAUGCACUGAUGUAUUAUUUGGGAUCAUUCGUCGGUUGAGUAUCGUGCUGUGCUGUGUGCUCUCUGCAAUUGCAAAUCUUGAUCAAAGGGUCGGCCGUGAUACUGAGAUAUCACAUUUCAGAGUUUCCUCAUAUAUUUGUAUUUUGAAAUUUUUUAUGCCCGUGUGGUGUGUAGCCUGAACCAUGAGUCCAUGAGUGUCCUUGGCUCCUUAGUCCUUAGUCCAUGAGGCCAACAAGUGAUUCAGGUAGAUCAGUAGAUAGUUAUUAAGAGUUCAAAGACUGCUGCUAACUAGCUCAAUAGCUCAUCAUGGCCUCAUGCUCUAAUACUAAACAGCAUGAUCAUUUUCACUUGAACAGACGUAGCCAUGUUAGUCAUUGUUUAUUAUACCAAGUACCAACUUGACUAUUGCAGGUGUGUAUAUCUAGUUCAUUAGUAUGCUGGUGAUAUGUGCCCUCAAUUAUCUACC